AUGUCUAGUAUUGUGCUAACGGCAGCGAAGGUGCUAUUGAAGAGAGCGUUGAAGGGGAAUGAGGAUUUGGACGAUGACGUUCCAGAUGUGACACAACCGGACGAUUCGCUUGAGGACUCGAACCCGGUGACAGAGGAGAUUUUUUCGUCGUGGGCGUUAUUUAUCUUACUCUUUUUGCUAUGUGCAGCGUUGUGGUCAUCGUACUUUCUCCAACAGAGACGAAUCAAGGCCAUUCAUGAGACGGUGUUGUCUAUUUUCUACGGGAUGAUUGUAGGGUUGAUAAUUAGGGUUUCGCCGGGGCAUUACAUCCAAGAUGCGGUCAAGUUUAAUUCGGGGUAUUUUUUCAACAUCUUGUUACCGCCCAUUAUCUUGAACUCGGGGUACGAGUUGCAUCAAGUGAAUUUCUUCCGUAAUUUUGGAUCGAUUUUGACAUUUGCUAUUCCCGGGACAUUUAUUUCUGCUUUGGUGCUAGGAACAAUCCUUUAUAUAUGGACUGCCUUGGGAUUGGAUGGGAUUCAUUUGGAGUUUGUGGAUGCAUUGGCUGUAGGAGCCACUUUGUCCGCAACUGAUCCUGUCACUAUCUUGUCCAUAUUUAAUGCUUAUAAGGUUGAUCCAAAACUAUACACUAUUAUUUUUGGCGAGUCCUUGUUAAAUGAUGCCAUUUCCAUCGUUAUGUUCGAGACGUGUCAGAAGUUCCACGGAAAGCCACUUCAUUUUUCGAGUUUUUUCGAAGGUAUAGGUUUAUUUUUAAUGUCUUUUACCAUAUCUACCAUUAUUGGAAUUUUAGUGGGUAUUUUGGUUGCGUUAAUCUUGAAACAUUCACACAUCAGAAGAUAUCCUCAAAUCGAAACAUGCCUAGUUUUAUUAUUUGCUUAUGAAUCGUACUUUUUUUCCAAUGGUGCUCAUAUGUCUGGAAUUGUUUCCUUAUUAUUCUGCGGUAUUACUUUAAAACAUUAUGCAUAUUUUAAUAUGUCGAGGAGAACACAGAUUGCUACAAAAUAUAUUUUCCAAUUAUUGGCUCAGUUAUCCGAAAAUUUUAUUUUCAUAUACCUUGGAUUGUCCCUUUUUACCGAAGUGGAAUUGGUAUUCAAGCCAUUGCUUAUUAUAAUUUCAUUCAUUCUGAUUUGUAUUGCGAGAUGGCUGGCUGUCUUCCCAUUGUCAAGACUUUUAAAUUUCUUGUACAAGGCAAGAUUUAAGGAAUUCACCAGUAGAUCAGCAUUGAGCGGUGGUAUUUCAUCGCAAUCCUUACCUGAUGAAAUCAGUCAUUCUUAUCAAAUGAUGAUUUUCUGGGCUGGGUUGAGAGGUGCGGUUGGUGUCGCUUUGGCUAUGGGAAUUCAAGGAGAAGCAAAAUGGACUUUGAUGGCCACUGUAUUAGUUGUUGUCGUGUUGACAGUUAUAUUAUUUGGUGGUACAACUGCGUCGAUGUUGGAGCUUUUAGGAAUUAGAGUUGGCUGCGUGGACGAACAUGAUGAUUCAGACGAUGAAUUCGACAUAGAGGCACCCAGAUUACCUUUAACCAGCCCAGCCUUAAAUUCAACUCCAAGUAUGUUGGGAAAUAGAAGAUUUGGUAAUUCCACCACAAGCAUUGAUGCAGGCUCAAGAAACAUAAACACACCAGGAAAGAAUAUUUAUAAGGAUGAUGCUAGAUACGACUCAUCUGUAAGUCUAUCAUCAUUCAAGCCUACCGUGGGUUCAAACAGUUCGCAUCCAAUAGGAACACCUUCUCACAAUAGUUCAUCUGCCGACUUGAUGAAUGAUGAAGAAGAGCUAAAUGCAAGCGAUGUAGAUGACUUGUUACUGGGUAACCAUAUGACUUCUAAUUCAAACAUUAGUACAAACGAUCCUGCUAAUAGUGGUGUAUUGGGGGCUUUGCUAAGUGCAGAAGAGCAUGUGAAGUGGUUUACAAAGUUUGAUGAACAGGUUUUGAAGCCUGUUUUAUUAGACACUUUACCUCAUCAAAAUAAAAAAAAUCAUAAGGACGAUAAUCAUGGGCAAAAUUGA